AUGUUAAGGUUUUAGAAAUUGGGAGAAGAUGAAUAAGCUCGUUUGGAUCAAGAAAGCCUUAAAUAAAAAAAAGAGUUGUUAAAAUAAGAAUUUGAACACUAGGAAGAAAUAAGAAAAUAUGACAACCUCUCGAUAGUUUCAUCUAAUGAUUUCAAAUUUAAGGCAGAAUUAGAUAAAUUAUAAAGCUCAAAUAAAAGAAAACAAUAAGAAUUAGAACUUCUAUUAAAAGCAGGAUAAAAUAAAACUAAAUCUAAAACAGGAACUUCAUAAAUGUAAGCAUCAAUUAGUGGACAUGGUGUUAUUCAUUCUAUAAAUAAUCAUCAUUCUGACCCAUUGUUUGAAACAUUUAGUGGAAAUGUGAAUAUAAAGUAAUUAGAUUUAGAAUCAAAAGAUCAAUAUAUUGAAUCAUUAAAAUUAUAGGAAUCCCGAUAUGAAAAUUUAAUUUUGGAGGAAUAAGAGAAAAGUGAUUCAUUAUAAAAGAUUCUAGUAGAAAUAGAAAAAUCAAAACUAAUCUAAUAACAAAAAUGUGAAGAAUUACAAAUUAUACUCAGUAAAGCAGGAAAGAGAUAUAAUAAUACUGAUGCUGUAAAAUUGAUGGCAGAAAACAAGAGGUUUUUAAGUAAGAAAAAUCUAUAAUCUAUAAAAAAUGAGUUUGGUUAAAUGAAGUAAAUGUAAGACACAUACAAACAUUCAUAGGAAAACAAAUAAUACUAAUUAUAAAAAAUAUUAUAUGUUGGAGAAGAAAACAUAGGACAUAAUGCUUUAAAAAUAGAAGAAGCAGAACGAUUUAUAGAUGCUUAAAAUAAAGAGUUUGAAAUAUUAGAAGAGAAGAAAUAAAAUUAAUUAAAAAAAAAAUAAGAAAGUAGAUAUAUUCUUACAUAUAUUGAAUUUUUUGAGAUUUUUGAAUAAAUAUUUAUGAAUAAAGAUAAUCCAAAUGAAAUUAGAUUGGUUGAUUAAUAUAAUGUUAAUGAAGAAUUGUUAUUAAAAUAGAAUCAAAAUCAAUAAAUUGAUAAUUUAUAAUAAGAAUAAGAGAUCAAUUUUGAUAGAAAUGAAUUACUAUCUUAAAUUAAUAAAUUUUAUUAAGAAAAUGAGUAAAGAACUUAAUAUAUUCUUGAAUUUAUGUUAGAGAAGUAUUGGCAUCUUUAAUAGGAAUUAACAAAAAAAAGUAUAUCAUAUGAAAAUCUUUUAAAAUAGAAGGAAAUACUUUUAGACGAAAUUGAAAAUCUAGAUUAUGAGUUAUUAGAAUUAAAAUAGAAGAAUCCAAAUUUAGAAAUUCAUGAAUAAUCUAUUGUUGCUGAAGAUGCAGGUUUGAUGAAUUUGAAAAAUGAAACAACUACUUUAAAUAUCAAGAGGAUGGAAAUAGAAGAACAUCCUGAAUAAGUAGUAUGGAUAAAGGCUACAAAAACAUAAGGAUUAUUAAUGAAUUUUUAAUUGGGAUUAGCUGAAUAUUUACAUAGAAUUUAUUAGAUAAUUUAAGCAAUAGAUUAAAAAAAUAAAGAAAAUAAGAAAUUUAAAUAUACAAACUUAAAUAAUGAAAUAAAUGGAAUUAAUUUAUUAAUAUCAAAGAUAUAUAAUAUAAUUAAAAGUUCAAAUCAAAUUAAUGAGUUAACUUAAUAACAUUUAAAUUAAUUUGCAAUAUAUAAUAUUGUAAUAGAAGUAUUUCCUACAUUCAAAGAAUAAGAAUUACAUUAAAUCAGUUAGUACUUCUAUAUUUAAAGUAAAACAGAUUAAAUUUUAUGGUUUAAUUUAAAUGUAGAAAAUUUAACAAAAUUUUUAAAAUCUUAAGAAAAUCCAACCUUAUAAAAGUUGUUGAGUCCAGAAAUCAUAAAUGAAUUCAGAGAUCUAUUAAUAGAAAUAUUUAAAUAUAAUUUUCAUAAAUUAUUUGAAUAUUAUCAAACCAUGUAUAAAAAAAUUAGAGAUAUCAGUUCGGAUUUACUUUAAUAUUUAAAAGAAAUUAAUCCAAAAUUUGAUAUUAAGAAAUUAUCUAAAUUAUUAUUAAGAGAAGGUUAAGACAUUUAAUCAGCUAAAGAUUUAAUUAUAAGAAGAAUGAUGGAAUAUAAAACAGGAGAUAAUAUGCCAUUUAAUGGUAAAAAUGAUUUAAAUAAAAUCUAAAGUAUGAGACCAAAAACUGAAGAAGAAUAAAUUUAGAGUGUUUCUUAACAAUAAUAAUAAUAAUCAGAUUAAUAAGAUCCCUCUUUAUUAUUUCCAAAAAAAUAGAGAUUAGAUGAAGAAAAAUUAACUUAAAUUUAAACAUUUUUUAGGGCUAAAAUAAGAGAGAAAAAUGAGUAAUUAAGAGAUCAAAAAAAUAAUGAUACUAUUUCAACAAAGGAUAGACCUGGUAGUAAUAUAGAAUAAUUAAAUUCUGAAAGUAUAUCUAUGAUUAAAGGUGAAAAUAAAAUGAAUAGGGCAAAAUCAAAGAAAUUAAUGGAGAGUAAGACAGCUCGUAAUUUAAAGGAUGAUUUAGAAUAAGAAAGGAGUUUAUUAAAGGCAUAAAUAGCAGCUGAUUUAUUAAGAUUGAAAGAAGAAUAAGAAAGAAAAGAUAAACCUUUAAUGAAAGAAUAAUAAAAUGAAAUUAAGGUUUAAAUUAAAUAAGCUACAGAGAGAUUAUAUGGAGAAAGAUAAUAUACAGUUUAAAUUAUGAGAAAUAUGGCAUAAACAACUGGGAUUUUAAGUGAUAUUAAUUAAUUGGAACAUUUCUCUUCAAAAAUUGAAUCUCCUUAAUUAGUUGGUUAAUUUGUUAUUUAAAGAAAGAAUUUACAUAGAAAUUUAAAUAAAGAGUUAGGUUUACCAACUUUAUCUUAUUUGAAACCUACAAGUGCUUAUUUUUCAAGGAGAAAUCAAUCCUCUGAAUAAAUAAAAGCAAUGGAUUAUAAAAGAUAUAAUGAAAUAGAAAAUGGAGUUAGUUCAAGACCUUAUACAUAAUAUUAAUCAAGUCGUAAGCCUUAAACUACUUCAAAUAACAAUAGUUCUAGAAAAAGAACUAAUUAAAAUUAAGAUGAAUUAAAAAAUAAAUAUUCUGGAAGAACAAGAGUCACAAAUAAUAAUGAAUCCAUGAAUACAUAUCCUAUGCCAUAAGAAGUAUUUUAAUAUGAAUAUCCUAAAUCACUAUUGGUACCAGCAGCAUCAUGA